AUGCGAAUCCUCUUUGCCAUCCUGCUUGUGCUCAGCACGCAUGCACUGGUCCUUCCUUUCUCGCCCGCCAGCGCCAAACGCACGAGGUCUGCUACGCCCACGCUGGCCGCCAGCGAGGACGAUGAGGAGGACUGUCCGAGCGACGACAUCAUCAACGCUGCUUACGCAAAUCCGCCACCGCCACCGCCGCAGCCCGUCACGCGCGAGGGCGUCGAAGCCUUCAGGGAACGGGCGCGGCGCCGCACAGCAGGAGAGCCGGUGGAAGAAUGGGCGUCGAACCUCGAGCGGGAGCCGCCGCCGGACCGCGAGCCGGUCCCUCCGACCGCCGAGCAGGCGGCAGCGGCAGACGCCCUCUUCGAGAAGCUCUUGAGCGACGAGGCGCCCGAGGGCUUUGGGGAGGGCUUGGAGUAG